AUGGACAGUCAUACCGGGGACGACAUGAGUGUCGGGGAGGUGGAACCCAUGCCUGGCUAUGCGGAUCUCAUAACGAGAGCAUCAACAGUGAUGCCCAGUGCCUUGAGAGGCUGUAGCACUUGCGGUCUGGAGCUCUCCAAAAGGACGCUCCUGGAUAACGCUUAUAUUACCUGGACCGAAAUCGGCCUUUUCUUCAUCUGCGCGGUUAUGUGGACGCAGAUACGACGGGGACUAACAGAAUGUCUGUUCCAGCCGUUUGCACAAUGGUGUAGUCUCCAGCCCAAAGAUUCUGCCAAGAUGCCAGAGAGCUCGUGGAAACUGGUCUUCUACACCAUGUCCUGGUCGUACAGCACCUACCUGCUCUUCUUCACCAACUACACCUUCUUCCACGACCCGCCCUCCGUAUUCUAUGAAUGGAAGCGUGGCAUGACGGUGCCCACGGACAUCGCCAUCGCCUACCUGAUCCAGGGCAGCUUCUACGGACACUCCAUCUAUGCCACGGUCUACAUGGAUGCCUGGAGGAAGGAUUCUACCGUCAUGGUGGUGCACCACGUCAUCACCCUGGCCCUCAUCACCUUCUCCUACGCUUUCAGAUUCCACAACAUUGGGUUGCUGGUGUUGUUCCUCCACGACAUCAAUGACAUCCAGCUGGAGUUCACCAAGCUCAACGUAUACUUCAAGACCCGUGGAGGGGGCUACUACCUCAUCAACGACAUCCUGUCCAACAUGGGCUCUGUCAGCUUCAGCAUCACCUGGUUUUGGUUUCGUCUCUACUGGUUUCCUCUGAAGGUUCUGUACGCCACCUGUGUGUCCAGCCUCCAGUCCGUCCCAAACAUACCCUUCUACUUCUUCUUCAACUCACUCCUCUUGACACUCCUCUGCAUGAAUAUCUACUGGUUUUUGUAUAUAGUGGCAUUUGUGGCAAAAGUCCUGACGGGGCAGAUGAAGGAUGUAAAAGACCUGAGGGAGUACGAGGGUGAGGAGGGAGCCAUGAGGGCCGCAACCCUGCUUAAGGUCCAGCAGCAGAGUAAAGAUGCAGGACAUCUCAACAAUUCUGCUGAAACUCAACUCAACAACUCUACUGAAGGGUGA